AUGGAUAUUGGCCUGCACAUGAGCCAGACAAAAGAAAAGCUAGCUGAGGCCGGAUUUUUCUACACUGGUAUUGGUGACUACGUUCAGUGUUAUCACUGUGGUAAUGGUAUAAAAGAUUGGCUCCCAAAUGAAGAUCCAUGGGAAGAACAUGCACGUUAUUUUAAAGAAUGUUAUUUUGUACGUGUUAUCAAAGGACAAGAAUUUAUUGAUCAUUUUAAAAUACCUCAAACCGAUGAUCAACCAUCAGACGAUGAGGAAGCAGAAAGUAUAUUAUUUUUACCAUGUAGACAUUUUGUUUCUUGUGGAAAUUGUUCAACUGAUUUAAAAAAAUGUGUUAUAUGUAGAGCAGAUAUUGAAAAAGUUUCAAUCACAAGCCGUGAUUCAGUCAAUACCAUGGCGUUUACAGCAUUUUGA